UCCUAGAACCUUCUACUCCGACGCCAUUAAAAUUCAGUUUCUUCCCUCCUUUUAUCAUUCAAUCAAACUCUAAAAUCUCUUUCCUUCUUUAAUUAAUCACGCUCAUUAACUUCCCAAUCCCGGAUUAACUACUUCCGAUCAAACCAGCAAUGGAUGAACUGAAAGUGAAACCAGAGGAGUCAGCAGUGGCCACCGGCACGGCGGCGUCUUCUUCUUCUUCUUCUUCUUUUUCUUCCUCGUCUUCAUCCGUCACUCCUCAGCCGAUCGAAGGGCUACACGAUGUUGGUCCGCCUCCAUUUCUGACGAAGACCUUUGAAAUGGUGGAAGAUCCAUUGACGGACUCCAUUGUUUCCUGGAGUAAAGCUCGUAAUAGUUUCAUCGUUUGGGAUUAUCACAAAUUCUCUACUACUUUGCUGCCUCGUUACUUCAAGCACUCCAAUUUCUCUAGUUUCAUUCGUCAACUCAAUACUUAUGGUUUUCGUAAAGUCGAUCCUGAUCGUUGGGAGUUUGCGAAUGAGGGGUUUCUGGGAGGACAGCGACAUCUGUUAAGAACCAUAAAGAGGAGGAGACAUUCACAUCAAAACAUCCAGCACCAAGGAGGAACAUGUGUGGAAUUAGGGCAAUUUGGACUGGAAGCCGACCUUGAGAGGUUGAGAAGGGACAGAAGCUCGUUAAUGGCGGAAUUAGUGAGAUUGAGGCAGCAACACCAGAGCUCAAGAGAGCAAAUAAUGGCCAUGGAGGAUAGGUUAGAGAAAGCAGAGAGUAAACAGAAGCAGAUCAUGACAUUCCUCAGCAAAGCCCUCAAGAACCCUUCCUUCAUUCAGAAAUUUAUUCAUAGUAAUCAGGGAAAAGAAUUGAGAUGCGUUGAAAUUGGACGAAAGCGAAGACUAACUGCCAGCCCAAGUGUAGAGAAUCUCCAGGAUGAGAAUGUAUCAGUAGCUGUUAAACAAGAAGAGCUAGAAACUUCUGAACCAGAUAUAGAGACGCUGUUAACAGUUAACUUUGAAGACGAGUCAAGCAUUGAGAUUACGGACCCUGUUUCUGAUAUGGGUCACUCUGCUCAUGAGGAAUUGGGGGUUUUCGGUCAACUUUGGGCUGAAGAUCUUAUAGCUGGACAUCCAGAAGAAGCCAUAACUGUUGGUAAUCAAUCAGAUGUUGAUGUGGAAGUGGAGGAUCUGAUUGCUGAACCCCUGGAUUGGACUGAGGACUUGCAGGAACUCGUCGAUCAAAUGGGGUUCCUCCGGUCGAAGCCAUAAACAUAACGGUGUAGUCAAUAUGUUUGGCAUUUUGCUUCUGUUCAUGUGGAAUAGGUUUCAGCUGGCUCGUGUAGGAAGCAAUGGUGGAUAUUGCAGGGGAGCCACAGAUUGUUCCUGUUUCCUUAUAUCCUUUGAAACUCAUUGGUUUUUCAAUAUUAUGUACUUCAAUAUUUUUGGUUAUGAUAAAUUUGUUGUGGUUAUUUUUUUCAUCCGUGGUUUUAUUUGCAGGCAUGUGCAGAGAAAGGAAACCUGCGUGAAGAUUCAGUCAUUUGCUGAUUUCAUUAUCAUUAAGUCAAGAGUAAUCAUCCCAUUCACUAAUUGAGAACCAUUAACUGCUAUUCAUUUGAAGUGUACGAGUCUGCUGUAAACUAGAUCCAAAUUUUUUCCCUCAAGUAUAGUGAGGUGUUCGCUAUUUUAUGUGGAAGAUACCAAAAGGCAGCUAUUUUCCUUUGUCAUAGCUUAGGAAAUAUAGUUCUGAUAAAAUAUUUUAGAUCUUGAAGGGCUUUUGGUCCUUGAUUCAUUAUUCGUGUUUGAGCUUAAUAAUGUUAAGCUCUGUUAUGUAAGAUGGAAUAAACAAGUUUGAAGUUCUAGGCUUUAUUAACUUACGGGCAA